CUGUGGGACGCCGAACAAUAGGAGUGCGGCGGUCGAGAGCGCAACGACCGUUUGGCGUGAGACCUGGCGGUUAGCGGGACCCGAGGGCAUCGCCAUGUUUUGCGAAAAAGCCAUGGAGCUGGUCCGUGAGUUGCACCGCGCGCCUGAAGGACAGCUGCCGGCUUUCAACGAAGAUGGAAUCAGACAAGUUCUGGAGGAGAUGAAAGCUUUAUAUGAACAAAACCAGUCUGAUGUGAAUGAAGCAAAGUCAGGUGGACGAGGUGAUUUGAUACCAACCAUCAAAUUUCGGCACUGUUCUUUGUUAAGAAACCGACGCUGCACUCUAGCCUACCUGUAUGACCGGUUGCUUAGAAUCAGAGCUCUCAGGUGGGAAUAUGGCAGCGUCUUACCAAACACGUUACGAUUUCACAUGUCUGCUGCAGAGAUGGAGUGGUUCAAUCAUUAUAAAAAGACCCUUGCUACUUACAUGAGGUCACUGGGAGGAGAUGAAGGUUUGGACAUCACACAGGAUAUGAAGCCUCCGAAAAGUCUCUAUAUUGAAGUGCGGUGUCUUAAAGACUAUGGAGAGUUUGAAGUUGAUGAUGGCACUUCAGUCCUAUUGAAAAAGAAUAGCCAGCACUUUUUGCCUCGGUGGAAGUGUGAACAGUUGAUCCGACAAGGAGUUCUGGAGCAUGUUCUGUCGUGACUAUGUCUGGG